ACGACAAUAUCGACAACUAACCAAACCCAUUAAUUCCCGUUAUCGCCAUAAUCCGGUACAUAAUCAAUCUCUCUACGAUUUACCCUCUGAAUCAAUCUCAAUCAGCAGCUAAUUCGAAAUUCUUAAAUAGCAAUCAUGGGUAAAGGAAAGCCAAGAGGUCUCAACGCCGCUCGCAAACUACAAAACCAUCGUCGCGAGCAAAGAUGGGCUGAUUUGUCCUACAAGAAGCGUGCUUUGGGUACCGCUUUCAAAUCCUCGCCAUUCGGAGGUUCUUCCCACGCUAAGGGUAUCGUUCUCGAGAAGGUCGGAGUCGAGGCCAAGCAACCUAACUCCGCUAUCCGAAAGUGUGUCAGAGUUCAGUUGAUCAAGAACGGAAAGAAGGUCACUGCUUUCGGUAUGUGGAAUAUUUCAUGAUUUGGGACUUCUGGGAAGGAGUGGAGGAUGGAUUGAAGAUAUGCGCGAGGAUGGUGGAUGAAUAGUGGCAUACUGGAAAUGGGAAAGUGAUGAAGAAAUGCUAAUAAUAAUUUCUACAGUUCCUAACGAUGGUUGUCUUAACUUCGUUGAUGAGAACGACGAGGUUCUCCUCGCUGGUUUCGGUCGUAAAGGAAAGGCCAAGGGAGAUAUUCCUGGUGUUCGUUUCAAGGUCGUCAAGGUCUCUGGUGUUGGAUUGUCUGCUUUGUGGAAGGAGAAGAAGGAGAAGCCAAGAUCAUAAACGAAUAUGUUAACGAUUUUGCUUCUUGGGGGAAAUGGGAUAUGGUGUUUUGCUGUCGCGACGAUCGAUGGCUAGGCUCAGAAUCUACAUAUAGAGCAUAGUACUUUCAUACCUGCAGCAUUUGGGAAUGAGAUACCUCCAUUGAUCAUGAUCACCAUCAAUUUGUCUUUCGGGAAGGAUUUUGUUUGUGCAAACGAUUGUGUGAUGAGUAUUGAUGGGAUAGAACUGGGUUAGAGAUUCUGGUUGGCCGUUCGUCUCGGGCUGAUACUCGAUGAUUUGAUGAGUGGCGAAGUUGCUGUUUGACUCCUGAAUCUCUACCCAUUUUGUGUCCUUCAAAUGCUCCAGCUAGCAUCUACCAUUUCUCCCAUGACAACAUGUCAUUUCAUGUUUAGCAGCCAUAAUGUUGAAAAUUA